AAAUAAUACCAACUAUUCAAUUCAUCCUCCGUAUACCGAAAUAAUACCACGUGACUUAUCAAGAUAACCAAAUCUGGACAUCAACAUCACCAAACACCUCCAGAGUUCCAGAGAUGGCUCUUUUCCAUCCCACAACCAGCAAUGGUGGUCUCCCCCCUCCUCCUUUCUUCUCUCUCACUUCUCCUGUUCUCGGUUUUCGUAUCAAGAAAACCCCAAGAUGCUCAGCUUGCUUUGAACAGCUGUGAAAACCCAAGCAGCUCCCCGCGCGGGGGGCUACCUGUAUUUAGAUGAUAGAUGAUAGCUUAGCUAGGUGAUAGGCAGUUCCGAUCUGCCCGUCGUAUGUCCCGAACCGGGACCAGGGAUUCCCCGCUUCCGCCUCCAAGGAAGCGUGGAAAUACCCGAUCCUCGACGUAAAAUAGAAACACACACACACACACCAAACACCUCCAACCGCCACUCCGUAUAAAGAAAGAAAAUGCCCCUCAAUAUCCAUCCCGCCACACCCCGCGACUCCUCCGCUCUAACAACCCUUUUCCUCGCCGCCUUCUCCAACCCUUUCAAUCUCACUUUAUUCCCGCGCACCCCCGACGUGCGCGCGUGGUGGGAGGAGAAGUUUGCCAGGGAAGCGACUGCUCCGGGACGUGUUUUGUUGAAGGUUGUUGACACACCUGAUAAUGCAUAUGCAGCGUUUGCGAUUUGGAAGUUUCCAAAAUAUCAAUCAGAAGGAAACCAGGAACAGGAGGAGGAUGGUGAGGAGAAGGGUGAGGGGGAAGGCCAAUGGCCCCGAGGCAGCGAUCCAACCCUCUGCGAACGAUUCUUCGGCAGUAUGGCUGCGAAACGGGAGGAAUAUAUGGGUUCGAAGCCGCAUUACUACCUGGACAUGCUCGGCACACACCCCUCCCACAACGGGAAAGGAAUCGCCUCGAUGCUGCUAAAAUGGGGUCUUGAUCGUGCAGACAACGACGGGGUACCGGUGUUCUUGUCUGCGUCGCCGGCUGGCAAGCCUAUGUAUGAGAGGAGGGGGUUUCGGGUUGUGCAGGAGGAGGAGGUUGCGGGAGGGCAUGUGCAGGCGUAUAUGGUUAGAGAUUGA